AUGGCUCCCGACCUCAUGGCCGCCCAUUCCACUCCCCGGCCCCGUGCGGCCACCACUGCUCUGUCUGCCAUGGCACCACCGAUCCAAGGCCCUUCUGGUCCGGUCUCGACAAGUCCCCUGUUGCACCAUGGAAGUCCGCCGUUGGGAAUGAGCGAACAUGGGAUUACCAGCACCGCACAGGGGCCACUGCGGCACCCCAAGCCCCUCACACCGUCUGAUCUUCAUUUGGUUCUGGAGAAAGAACAGGAAGCGAUGGUAAACCGAUUGACUCGGGAACUGUCUCUUCUUCGCCAGCAGACAGCCUCGGUGGCAUCCACCACCUCCUCGACCUCAACUCCCCAUGACCCUGCCGAUGGGGUGCAUGCCUCCCCAGCACUGAGCAGCUCGACCUACUCUCACUCCUCCCGACGACAGCGGUCUUCGUCCAGUCUCAGUUCGCAUACCGCAGCCCAAGGAUCGCAAGCUGCCAGCGUGACGGGGAUUGCCCCUUCGCGCGAUAGCAUUAUGCCCUCUCGGUCAACCGACUACUCCCAUUCGCAUUCUCACACGCGCUCAAACCGAAGCCGCGAACCUUCUCUGACAGCCCGUCGCCCCUCCGUCGGAUCCUUGUCUUCCUUCACUCAAUCAUCUCAUGCAGAGCCACUCCAUUAUGGAAACAGCCCUUCCAUCUACCCCCAUAGGAAUUCCGUUUCGCAGACCCACUUGGGGCUGUCGAGCAGUUCCAUCUCCCGAUACGAAGAGAUGGCCCUUCAUCGAUCGGAGUUUGAAACUAUGAAGCGGGAGAAUGACCAGCUACGGAAGCGGGUGCGGGAAUUGGAGAAUAUUUUGAAGAAAGAGAAGGAAGGGGGGCCGGAAUUUUGA